AUGCCAGGGUUGUGGGGGACCGUUUAUUUUCUAGGCGUUGCUCAGGUUUGCAGUUUCUUGUUUUCCUGGUGGAAUUUGGAAGGGGUCAUGCAUCAGACUGACGCUCCUCGACCCCUAAACUGGACUAUCCGGAAGCUAUGCCACGCAGCCUUUCUCCCAUCUGUCAGACUUCUUAAGGCUCAGAAAUCCUGGAUAGAGAGAGCAUUUUAUAAAAGAGAAUGUGUUCACAUCAUACCCAGCACCAAAGACCCCCAUAGGUGUUGCUGUGGGCGUCUGAUAGGCCAACAUGUCGGCCUCACUCCCAGUAUCUCUGUUCUUCAAAAUGAGAAAAAUGAAAGUCGCCUCUCCCGAAAUGACAUCCAGUCUGAGAAAUGGUCCAUCAGCAAGCACACUCAACUCAGCCCAACAGAUGCUUUUGGGACCAUUGAGUUCCAAGGUGGCGGCCAUUCCAACAAAGCCAUGUACGUGCGUGUGUCUUUCGAUACAAAGCCUGAUCUCCUCCUGCACCUGAUGACCAAGGAAUGGCAAUUGGAGCUCCCCAAGCUUCUCAUCUCUGUCCAUGGGGGACUGCAGAACUUUGAACUCCAGCCAAAACUCAAGCAAGUCUUUGGGAAAGGUCUCAUCAAAGCUGCCAUGACAACUGGAGCGUGGAUAUUCACUGGAGGGGUUAACACAGGUGUUAUUCGUCAUGUGGGAGAUGCCUUGAAGGACCACGCAUCAAAAUCUCGGGGGAAGAUAUGCACCAUAGGCAUUGCCCCCUGGGGAAUUGUGGAGAACCAGGAGGACCUGAUUGGGAGAGAUGUAAUCAGGCCAAAACAAUCUGACUCCUCGAAUCUAAAUCGAAUUACAGUUUUGAUCAAAACAAGAGACUUUGGAUGCCUGCCGUUUUUCUCUCUUGACUCCCGCUUGUUUUAUUCAUUUUGGGGUACUUGCCAAUUAGACCCAAUUGGAAUCGGUCAAGGCGUGCCAGUGGUGGCGCUCAUUGUGGAAGGAGGACCCAAUGUGAUCUCCAUUGUCCUGGAGUACCUUCGAGACACCCCUCCCGUGCCUGUCGUUGUCUGUGAUGGAAGCGGACGGGCUUCUGACAUCCUGGCAUUUGGGCAUAAGUAUUCAGAAGAAGGCGGACUUAUAAAUGAAUCUUUGAGGGACCAGCUAUUGGUGACCAUUCAGAAGACUUUCACGUACACUCGAACCCAAGCUCAGCACCUGUUCAUCAUCCUCAUGGAGUGCAUGAAGAAGAAGGAACUGAUCACAGUAUUUCGGAUGGGAUCAGAAGGACAUCAGGACAUUGAUUUAGCGAUCCUGACAGCUUUACUCAAAGGAGCCAAUGCCUCGGCCCCAGACCAACUGAGCUUAGCUUUAGCCUGGAACCGGGUCGACAUCGCUCGCAGCCAGAUCUUUAUUUAUGGGCAACAGUGGCCGGUGGGGUCUCUGGAGCAAGCCAUGUUGGAUGCCCUAGUGCUGGACAGAGUGGAUUUUGUGAAAUUACUCAUAGAGAAUGGAGUAAGCAUGCACCGUUUUCUCACCAUCUCCAGACUAGAGGAAUUGUACAAUACGAGACAUGGGCCCUCAAAUACAUUGUACCACUUGGUCAGGGAUGUCAAAAAGCGAGAAUAUCCAGGUUUCGGUUGGAUCUAUUUUAAGGGGAACCUGCCCCCGGACUACAGGAUCAGCCUGAUCGACAUAGGCCUGGUGAUCGAAUACCUAAUGGGAGGGGCUUACCGCUGCAACUACACGCGCAAGCGCUUCAGGACGCUCUACCACAACCUCUUCGGCCCCAAGAGGCCCAAAGCCUUGAAACUGCUAGGAAUGGAGGAUGACGUUCCCUUGAGGCGAGGGAGAAAGACAACCAAGAAGCGUGAAGAAGAGGUGGACAUUGAUUUGGACGACCCUGAGAUCAACCACUUCCCUUUCCCCUUCCACGAGCUGAUGGUGUGGGCUGUCCUGAUGAAGCGGCAGAAGAUGGCCUUGUUCUUCUGGCAGCAUGGUGAGGAAGCCAUGGCCAAGGCCCUGGUGGCCUGUAAGCUUUGCAAAGCCAUGGCUCACGAGGCCUCCGAAAACGACAUGGUCGACGACAUCUCUCAGGAGCUGAACCACAACUCCAGGGACUUUGGCCAGCUGGCUGUGGAGCUCUUGGACCAGUCCUACAAGCAGGAUGAGCAGCUGGCCAUGAAGCUGCUGACAUAUGAACUGAAGAACUGGAGCAAUGCCACAUGCCUGCAGCUUGCUGUGGCGGCCAAGCACCGUGACUUCAUUGCGCACACGUGCAGCCAGAUGUUGCUCACUGACAUGUGGAUGGGCCGGCUCCGGAUGCGCAAGAACUCAGGCCUCAAGGUAAUUCUGGGAAUUCUACUUCCUCCUUCAAUUCUCAGCUUGGAGUUCAAGAACAAAGACGACAUGCCCUAUAUGUCUCAGGCCCAAGAAAUCCAUCUACAAGAAAAGGAGCCAGAAGAACCAGAGAAGCCUACAAAGGAAAAAGAUGAGGAAGACAUGGAACUGACAGCAAUGUUGGGACGCAACAAUGGGGAGUCCUCAAGGAAGAAGGAUGAAGAGGAAGUUCAGAGCAGGCACAGGUUAAUCCCCCUGGGCAGAAAAAUCUAUGAAUUCUACAAUGCGCCCAUCGUGAAGUUCUGGUUCUACACCCUGGCGUACAUUGGAUACCUGAUGCUGUUCAACUAUAUCGUGUUAGUGAAGAUGGAACGCUGGCCUUCUACCCAGGAGUGGAUCGUCAUUUCCUAUAUUUUCACCUUGGGAAUAGAGAAGAUGAGAGAGAUUCUGAUGUCUGAGCCAGGGAAGUUGCUACAGAAAGUGAAGGUGUGGCUGCAGGAGUACUGGAAUGUCACAGAUCUCAUAGCCAUUCUUCUGUUCUCGGUUGGAAUGAUCCUUCGUCUCCAAGACCAGCCCUUCAGGAGUGAUGGGAGGGUCAUCUAUUGCGUAAACAUCAUUUAUUGGUACAUCCGUCUAUUAGACAUCUUCGGCGUGAACAAGUAUUUGGGCCCAUAUGUGAUGAUGAUUGGAAAAAUGAUGAUAGACAUGAUGUACUUUGUCAUUAUUAUGUUGGUGGUCCUGAUGAGCUUUGGGGUCGCAAGACAAGCCAUCCUCUUUCCCAACGAGGAGCCAUCAUGGAAACUGGCCAAGAACAUCUUCUACAUGCCCUAUUGGAUGAUUUAUGGGGAAGUGUUUGCAGACCAGAUAGACCCUCCUUGUGGACAGAACGAGACUCGAGAAGAUGGUAAGAUAAUCCAGUUGCCUCCCUGCAAGACAGGAGCCUGGAUCGUGCCAGCCAUUAUGGCCUGCUACCUCUUAGUGGCAAACAUCUUGCUGGUCAACCUCCUUAUUGCUGUCUUUAACAAUACAUUUUUUGAGGUAAAAUCAAUAUCCAACCAAGUGUGGAAGUUUCAGCGGUAUCAGCUCAUCAUGACUUUCCACGAGAGGCCAGUUCUGCCCCCACCUCUGAUCAUCUUCAGCCACAUGACCAUGAUAUUCCAGCACCUGUGCUGCCGAUGGAGGAAACAUGAGAGUGACCCAGAUGAAAGAGACUAUGGCCUGAAACUCUUCAUAACUGAUGACGAGCUCAAGAAAGUGCAUGAUUUCGAAGAGCAGUGCAUAGAAGAAUAUUUCAGGGAGAAAGAUGAUCGAUUCAACUCAUCCAAUGAUGAGAGAAUACGGGUGACUUCAGAAAGGGUGGAGAACAUGUCCAUGAGGCUGGAAGAAGUCAAUGAGAGAGAGCAUUGUAUGAAGGCCUCGCUCCAAACCGUAGACAUCCGACUUGCACAGCUUGAGGACCUCAUUGGUCGCAUGGCUACAGCACUAGAACGCCUGACUGGUCUGGAGCGGGCCGAGUCCAACAAAAUCCGCUCGCGGACCUCCUCAGACUGCACAGAUGCGGCCUACAUCGUCCGCCAGAGCAGCUUCAACAGCCAAGAGGGAAAUACCUUCAAGCUCCAAGAGAGUAUAGACCCUGCAGGUGAGGAGACCAUGUCCCCAACAUCUCCAACUUUAAUGCCCCGUAUGCGAAGCCAUUCUUUCUAUUCGGUCAAUGUGAAAGACAAAGGUGGUAUAGAAAAGUUGGAAAGUAUUUUUAAAGAAAGGUCCCUGAGCCUGCACCGGGCUACUAGUUCCCAUUCAGUAUCAAAAGAACCCAAAGCUCCUGCAGCCCCUGCAAACACCUUGGCCAUCGUCCCCGACUCCAGAAGACCAUCAUCAUGUAUAGACAUCUAUGUCUCCACCAUGGACGAGCUCCACUGUGAUAUAGACACAGUGGACCCUCUGGACAAAUCCAUGAACAUCCUUGGGCUGGGCGAUCCAAGCUUUUCAGCUCCAGCACCUUCCACAGCCCCUACGAGCAGUGCCUAUGCAACUCUUGCACCUAUGGACAGACCUCCAAGCCAGAGCAUUGAUUUCGAGGACAUCACAACUAUGGACACUAGAUCUUUUUCUUCAGACUACACCCACCUCCCAGAGUGCCAAAACCCCUGGGACUCAGACCCUCCAAUGUACCACACCAUUGAGCGUUCCAAAAGUAGCCGCUACCUAGCCACCACACCUUUUCUUCUGGAAGAGGCCCCCAUCGUGAAAUCUCAUAGCUUUAUGUUUUCUCCUUCGAGGAGCUAUUAUGCCACCUUUGGGGUGCCCAUGAAAACAGCAGAAUAUACAAGUAUUACAGACUGUAUUGAUACAAGGUGUGUCAAUGCCCCGCAAGCAAUUGCUGACAGAGCCACCUUCCCCGGAGGUCUCAGAGACAAAGCAGAAGACUUAUCUUGCUGCCAUCCAGAGAGAGAGGCAGAACUGAGUCACCCGGGCUCCGACAGUGAGGACAAUGAGGCCAAAGGCCAGAGAGCCACGAUUGCAUUAUCCUCCCAGGAGAGUGAUAAUUCAGACAGAACCCUGUCCAACAACAUCACUGUUCCCAAGAUAGAGCGUGCCAACAGCUACUCAGCAGAGGAGCCAAAUGUGCCAUAUGCACAUACCAGGAAGAGCUUUUCCAUCAGUGACAAACUCGACAGGCAACGGAACACAGGAAGCCUGCGAAACCCCUUCCAGAGGAGUAAGUCCUCCAAGCCAGAAGGCCGAGGGGACAUCCUGUCCAUGAGGAGAUUGUCCAGAGCGUCUGCUUUCCACAGCUUUGAAAGCAAGCACAACUAA